AGGUUCUAAAGUGGAAAAUAAAAGACUAAAGAUGACUUAAGUUCCAUUUAAAACAACAUAUUAGGCCUUUUUUAUGAGAAAAAGCAGUUUUCUUCGAAUAUAGUCAAGUCAUCGACUUUUUUAAAGCAAAAUCUUCAAAGUACCAUUUUUUAAAACGUUCUAGAUUACUUUUUGCAAUUCUUAAUAUAUUUCUGUCCCUUACUGUUGUUCAUAUUUUCUUAUUUAAUUCCAAAGGCCACGUGCAUUUUUAUUUAUGAAUGGAUAGCAAAAAAUUAUAUCCACCUGCGCUGUUUUAAUUUUAUCCGCUGCCUGUGGCAUGCCCAUUGGCUAUUCGGCCGUUUUAUUACCCCAACUAUCAGCCUCGAAUAAUAUACCUACUAAUUCUACGCCUGAGAUUAUUAUUGAUAUAGAAAUGGGUUCUUGGAUUGCUAGUGUCCAUAGUUUAGCCACACCGAUAGGUUCAUUUUUAUCUGGACCCAUGGCUGAUUAUAUGGGUAGACGUUCGGCUUUAUUGGUUUCAGUUUUACCCUUAUUUGCCGGCUGGUGUGUAUUGGCUUUAUCACAAUCCUAUACUAUGCUGUUGAUAGGACGUUUAUUGUGUGGUUUUGCCACCGGUAUUUUGGGUGGACCGGCUCAGGUUUAUAUUGCCGAAACUGCGGAACCAAAUUUGCGUGGCUUACUAAUUGGCGCUCCCUUUGUCUCCUACUCUAUGGGUAUACUCAUCGUUUAUGCCUUAGGUUCGGCUCUACACUGGAGAGGUGUGGCCUGGUGUGGCAAUAUUUUACCUGCUAUAGCUGCACUUGCCAUAUUCUUUAUACCCGAAAGUCCUGCUUGGCUAUUGAGACAUAAUAAAAUCGAAAAAGCCCACAAAGCUUUAACAUUCCUAAGAGGCAAUGAGAUUGUUGCUCAAAAAGAAAUGAAUGAAAUGAAAGAAAGAUUAGAUAAGGAAGUGGCCAGCACCAGAACCAAUGAGAACAUUUUCAAGUUAUGCUGUCAGCGAGUGGCCAUUAAACCGUUAGUCAUUGUUAUAGUAUUUUCAUUUUUACAAAUUGCUUCGGGUACCUUUAUUGUGGUAUUCUAUGCUAUUGAUAUUAUAUCCGAAUUUGGAGCCGAGUUUGAUACAAGGGCCGCUGCUAUAUGGACCGCGGUAGUGAGAAUGAUUUGCACGGUAAUGUUCUGUGUUAUUUUGCUAUUUGUACGAAGACGUCGCAUUUUAAUAUUGUCCGGUAUUGGUUCGGGUCUUAGCUGUUUGACCUUAAGUGUUUACAUGUUUGUGCGUGAGGGUCAGCCUAAGAUGGGAGCAGAUGUUAUAGUUGCUGGUGUUUGUUUACUCAUUUAUAUUUCUUUCAAUACCUCACUAAUGGUAAUGCCGGGCAUUAUGAUUGGUGAACUGUUUCCCGCUAAAAUAAGAGGUCGUACUGCCGGUGCUGUAUUUGCUGCCAUGAAUGUGGCUCUUUUCGCUUUUACCAAAGCCUUCCCACUCAUCCAUUUGUCUAUUAAAAUGAAAGGUGUUUUCAUGAUUUUCGCAGUAGCCAGUUUUAUAGUUUCGAUAUUUAUGUGGCUUUUCCAACCGGAAACUAAGGGCAGAAGUUUGGAACAAAUCGAAGACUAUUUCAAUGAAAAUAAUUGGCUAUGGUUUAAGAGAGACAAAAGCUAUAAGAUGGUAGCUACCAAAGAUAAUGCUAGUAAAGCGUAGACACUACUACCUCAAAAUAAUUCGUACAUUAACCAUUUUAACCUCGCCAUCGGGCCUCGAAAAGCCCUCGAAAUGUGUCAUUCUUAAAUUAUACGGCUAACUUUAUAUCUUAAUUGAAAAAAAAAUUCUUUAAAUCUUCUUUAAAGAAGAGGCUUUUUUAU